UUUAUAUCGUAAUAGGGAUGCGCCAAGGUGGUGUGGUGUACAUUUUGGCAGAGUAUCUUUUAACACCACACCACACUGGAGUAUACAUCUACAAAGUAAACUCUGUAAUAUCACUAUGGAAUAUUAA